AUUUAAGGCCUCAAUCUUAGCAAGAUAAAUUUUAUUCUUUUUUUCAAAAUUUUCGGAUAAGCAGGAACUUGUAUUAGACUUAGACACCUCCAUAAAGGUUUCUUUUCCCUUUUAUCAAAACAAAGCAGCAGCUUCUUUUCUUUUACCUUUUUUCGAAGUUGAUUCUUAUCGUGAAUUCAGUUGCAUUUUUUUCAUCUUGUAUAAAUUGGUGAUCCCUUUCGUUUGGGGAACUUUAAGAAAUUCAAGAUGUUAGACGCAUGGCUGAAAAGCAAAUUCUAUGCUAAAAGCAAAUCAACAAUAAAGCUCACAAAGACUCGAAUCGAGAUGGUUAAAAGGAAGAGGAAUGCAAUGUUGAAGUAUUUGAAGAAUGAUAUAGCCGACCUCCUUAAAACUGGAUUGGAUGUUAACGCCUAUAGCAGGGCUGAAGGCCUCCUGGUUGAGAUGAAUCUCUCUCGGUGUUAUGAUUUCUUGGAGCAGUAUUGUGAACACAUCUUAAAUUAUCUAUCUGUGAUGUAUAAACAGAGGGAAUGUCCUGAGGAGUGCAGAGAAGCUGUGGCGUCUUUGAUCUUUGCAGCAGCAAGAUUUGCGGAUGUGCCAGAAUUACGCGAACUAAGAAGUGUAUUUACUGAGAGAUAUGGAAAUUUCCUAGAAUGUCAUGUCAAUAAAGAGUUUCUCCAGAACUUAAAGUCAGUGCCACCUACAAUGGAGAUGAAGAUUCAGUUGAUGAAAGAUAUAGCAUCAGAAUCUGGUAUAGAAUGGAAUUCAAAGGCUUUGGAGCAGAAGCUAUACAAUCCACUAGUGUCGGAACAAGACUGGACCAAGAGUCAGAAUGAUCAGAAGUACAAUCUGCACGGUAAGAUGGAAGAAUCACCUCAGAAGAAAGAUUCUGAAGUUGCUAAGUUUGAUCAUGAGAACGCGAGGCAACUGUCCAAGGAUAAAUUGGAGCAUAAUUCAUCUUACGGCAGAAAGGUAGUCCCUGAUGAUGAACAUAGUUCGUCAAGGAGAAGGAGGGAGAGAAGUAACAGAAGGAGAAGAGAUAGCCUUAGUAGAAAAACUGACGAUUUGCCUCCAGUCAAAGAUAUUGAAGUGAUCCAAAGGCAACAAAAUAAACCAGAGAUUGAGAUUGCUCCUGAAGAAGAAUCUGAUGACAAGAAGCCAUUGCAUUAUAGGUCAAUUCUCCCUCCUUAUAUCAAACCGAGUUUAACAAAAAACACUUCAGAUACCGUCUCUCCUACUAGCUCCACUGGAGAAGAAAAUUGCAAGGAUGAUGCAGCUGAAAAAGCCAAGGACAAGCCAAGAUCAGCUAGGACGAGACAUGGCACAAAAGUCACAACUGGUGACGAUAAGGAACCUCAGGAUGAAGAGGAAAAACUGAUCGACAGGCUAUUGAUAUACCUAAGCAGGAAAAAGUACCAAAAUUCAGUUAACGCACCAAAAGAAGCUGCAGUUGACAGUCCUAGUAAAGUGUCAAGGAGGAGAAGUAUGGGGAACAGGACGCUAUCCCUUCCAGCAGAAAGGGAACAAACAAGUCCAAGGGAUCAAAGAAGAGGGCACGCUCGAACAAAUUCAUUUCAACCUGAUAUGUUGGGUUCAAAUAGACAUGUCCAUCCUAAGCUACCAGACUACGAUGACUUUGUGGCUCGACUAGCGUCUCUCAGAGAACAAUCAAGAGAAUAAGGAGAAUAUUUAAUUAGAUGAACUCAUAUACCUUCAUAUUACAUUUCGUAGUUCAUUUGUCAUCAUAUUCUUCGUUUACAUGUUAAGAUUGUUGCUUGUAAGCAGUAUAUAAAUAGCCCAUCUCAUGCUAUUGUAAAUAAACUAGCUAAAUAAAGUUUU